AUGAGUCUUGAUCCCAGUGUCUUUCCGAGGUCGGACUCCCCCGCAAGCUCCGAGAGCUCCUUGACACGCUCCCGUCUACAAGGCAAGGAAGGGUCCCUCAAAAAAGACAAGAACUACCGCCGAUAUGCGUCUAGUGUUGAACGAGCGCUUUCGCUCUUUGACAACGCUCUCCAAGAAUGGGCCGACUAUAUCUCGUUCCUUGGUCGCCUAUUAAAGGCACUCCAAACCCACCCACCCGAUCAGCCCGUUGUCCCUCAUAAAGUGUUAGUGUCGAAGCGACUCGCCCAGUGCUUGAACCCGUCGUUGCCAUCAGGCGUGCACCAAAAAACCCUCGAAGUCUACACGUACAUAUUUGGAUUGAUAAAGCUCGAGGGAUUAUCGCACGACCUGCCUUUGUAUCUCCCUGGCCUUGCGCCAACAUUGACUUUCGCCUCUCUCACUGUUCGCCCAUUGUUUCUAUCUUUGGUAGAGGGAUAUAUCGUUGACCUCGAACCAUGGGCUAUCCGUCCCGCGUUGAAAUCAAUCAUUCUAGCCCUACUUCCAGGCCUUGAAGAGGAGACAAGCGAAGAUUUUGAGCCAACACUACGCACAUUCAUUAAACUGCGAGAUGCUGCUGCAAAACUUGAAACACAAAGGACAUCUGAGGCCGGGGCAUCUGGGCAGUAUUUCUGGCAAUGCCUCUUUCUCGCAUCUAUCACGAACCCUAGUCGACGGCUUGGCGUCCUCGCAUAUCUAAACCGCUACCUCCCGAAGCUAGGUAUCGCAGAUCGCCGACCAAGCACGGCUGGUGGGAACGAUCCGCAGAACAUCCCACCUGAGAUACUGGCCGCCGCAGACGCUGUCAUUCUACCGGAGCCUGGCCUCUUGAUUCGAUGUGUUGCAUCGGGUUUAUCUGAUGACCAGCUCCUUGUCCAACGUAACUUCCUCGACCUUCUUGUCACCCACCUUCCACUCAGCUCUCCGAUUUUGCAAAGCAAGAUUGCGGCUACUGAUCUUCGAACGUUGGUAAUUGCAGCAGUGGGGGUGGUCACUCGGCGAGACAUGAGCUUGAACCGUCGACUCUGGGCUUGGUUCUUAGGACCGGACUCCCCAAACGAUAGCUCUUCAAUGGAUGAUCGAAAAUUCUCAUCGGAAACCGCUCGAUCUGCCUCCGUUGAUGGAAAAGAACUCACACAAUCACAAUACUUCAGCCGGGUAGGCUUACAGCCAUUGGUAACCGGCCUACUUGAUAUGAUCAAACAGGCGCCGAGUAUUCCGUCCGAUAGAACGAAGCCCUUUCGCAUAGCUCUGUCGCUAAUGGAUCGCUGGGAAAUUGGUGGAUAUAUUGUCCCUGCAGUUUUCUUGCCCACUGUACGCAGUGUUCAGGCAUUCGAAUCCACAGCCCCCGAGAACCACUUCGAAGAGGUUUUCCGCAGUGCGAGCGCCUUUUUUGAUGGCGUUGAAAGUGGUGUGAUUUUCUCCGAGCUUCUGGGGUUGGUUGAUUAUCGGUCUUCCGAUGUAGACGUUGAUAGCGACCAAGUGCUGCGUGACUUGGAUCUUGCACACUUUAUCAUUGAGAAUUUCAAUGUGCGCGAGGAGGACAUGGUUCAGAUCCAUGUGCCUCUACUGGCAUUGUCAGUGCUCGUGAAGAUGAGAGAGAUUUCAUCCAAGGAGAGCACUGCCAACAAACAGGCCGUGACCGCCGCAUUGAACAAAGUUCUCAAAUCGUUGACUGGUUUACUCACAGAGCGGGCGUUCUCGAAAAAGACGGGCUCUGAAAAGACUGCUGGCAACGACACAAAAGGCCGUGGUGCUGAUAUUCUGAAAACUGUCCACAGUUUCUAUGAACAAAGCAAAAAUAGCUUGGAGCUUCCACCUCUUCCCUAUGCUCCUAAGAAUCUUGGCGAGAUGAUCAUCCGAGAGGCUCACGAGCUGGCUAUCGCGGCGCUAGGAAGCCACGAUGGCAACCUAUCUGUUCACGAACCACUCGAUAUUCUUGUGACUUUGCUCAAGAAGCUUCCAAAGUCCCGCGUUCUACGAGACCGAAAACUGUAUGAAGCGCUCUCUCAGCAACUAGGUUCAGGGAAGGACAAGCCCACAACCGCCUCGUUCUCUGUCAUAUCGACAAUUGCUUCGACAGUGACGAGUUUGUUUUUCAUUCAGACUCCCGGCUUCUAUGUCAGCUAUGAGGAUGCUUGCGAUCUGAUUACCCCUCUUGUCAACCAGCUUUGGUGGUACUUAUCACCCCUUAGUCCAAAGUUUCACGUGGAAGCCGUCCGCUGCCUAUGGCUCCUGCACUCAAUUUCUUGGAUUGACCACCUUGUCGAGGCGUCCUUGACAGCUUUGAUGGUCAAUGUGUCAACCGCGGCAUCCCGCCAUCUCUCGUCGGAGCAACAAGCUGAGCGGUUUUAUGUUUUGUGGAACCAUAGUCAUCACAACACCCAUGAGCAGCCGCCAAAGCAAGUGCUUGAUGUUGGAGGGACCUUGUUCUCUUACCAGUGCUCUAUGCUUGAACGCCCGCUUUUCGUUGUCCUUGAUCUUCUCUCCCAGGAGUCAAGUGAUAGUUCGCAGAGCGUUCAAUUAUGGCUCCAAGACUUGCCAUCUAUCCAUAAGGUUUUCCAUGUGGUCAUCUCGAAUCUAGAUGAGCUUUCUGAAGAUGAUGAAAUCAGCGAGAAAAAGACAGACAACAACUCAAUUUCUCCCGAUGACUAUAAGGAGUGUGACUAUCUGUUACAGACAGCUUCAAAUAUUAUCUCCGCGCUUUCGCACAAUGGAUGGAUCGCGCUUCUUACUCAUGUGCUAGGCAAUGAGAAGCGCCUUGAAACGUCCAAAUCUGAAGAAAAUGCAGACUUUAAAAGCCUCCAUUCCGCCAUAUUUGAGGCAUCUCUUCGAAUCGUCAGCGCACUAUCCCCAGAUCCUGGUGAAUUUAAUCUAGAUGGAGAACGACUACAUAAGGACGCACUCCAGCUCAUGCGGCAACUUCUUCUUGGGCCCGGAGCGGAGGAAUUAGUGGAGUCUGGCAUUGAUGAUUUCUUGGUGGAGCGCCUUCUUGUUUCUUCCGAGGGAGGCAGUAUUGCGGUGCAGGGUGCACUAAUCGACGCACUCCUCGCUGCAUUGAAGGUGCGAUUUGCGCAAGCAUAUCUACCACCACCGCCACCUCGGCCAAAACAUUUACGAGCGGGCUCUCGAGAUCGGCUGACCAGUCCCUCGAUCUUGUCUUUUACCAGUGACAAGGGAGACAGGAGACAAUCGCUACCUCGGAUACCGCAGCCGCCAGAGCGGCUUCUGGAUUGUCUCUUAAAGGGAAUCAGCUCACCUAAAUCCCGAGAAAUUGUGGACAAGUGGAUAAUGUUGCUCUGUGAGGUGCUCCCUCUAUACUCAGGUUCCAUAUUCCAGAUCCUGUUGAUUCUCGUGGAAUGUUUCUGCAGGGAAAUCCGAGCAUCAUACGGCAGGCUCCAGCUGUCCUUCCAGCAAACAGAGGAUUGGCCGCAGGAUCGUUCCGAGCAUGUCACAAUUGCUCUUCUGACUGGCCUCGAGACCUGUAUCGCAAAUGCCCACGAACGUCUCAUUGUGGAAGAGUCCAACGUUCCAACAGUCAAGAGCCCCGACCAAGCGCAGGGCUUUUUCGGAAACAUGGUGUCUGGGGUAUUCAACUCGGAAGGCGGACAAGGUCGCCCAAACACCGCCAACGACCGCCUGACUGUUCUUCUCUGUUUCCAAGAUGCCGUUCGGUUAUGCUUCUCUAUCUGGGCGUGGGGUGCAGGAGAUCACAGUGUCUCCCCCCCGAUUGCGAAUCUCUGGCCUCGUUUCAAUACACCUCGUUACGAAUGA